GCCAUCUUCAAAGGACAUGGUUUGCUGCCAGUUUGACGCAACGGGCCUUGUUUAGACCGAGAGGACGGGGGCCGUUUCAUUGAUUCUCAUUCCUCCAGCCUGACGGUUUGUGUAUUCCUCAACCUCAAAUACUCCAUUUCCGUGGUGUACUUAUAUCAGCCUGGCUAUUAACAUGUCCCCCGCCCAUACAUGGUUUUUCAUAAUCAAUACCACAGAGGCAGCUUCUGAAAGCUGCCGCAUGCUACUCCACAACAGAAAAUAUCGCUUCCGUAUCAUAUGCUUCUGAUUUGAUGAUCAAACAUGAGCCGGCCCAGGCUUUUAAGUGGGGCGCAUGCGGGCACUUCAUGAUCGAAACCCAACCCCUGUGCUGCCAUCUUCCCUGUCUGCCAUGCCGUCUCAAGCACAGCCCUCAUCAUCUCUCAAUAGCCCAAUUCAAAUAUUUCAGACUCGAUUACCCGCUGUGGACCAAGGUCGCCUUGCAGGCGUCCUGGAGAGACAAAGGAAACAGCAUUCUAGGUAUUUCGGAAUCGGGAGGCCCGCCAACGAGACAAUACUUUAUGGCCCUGUCAAUGCCAUUGUGAACGCCGUAUUCCCUGAAAACAGUUUAUACAGGCCUAUGCAGCAGUAUACACUAGAAGAUGGGAAGCGGGAUCAACGCGAACUGCUGCGACCUGACAUUACCGUAGUAACUGAUACAGAACUUUUCGAUCAAGACUCGGAUUCCCUCACCUGUUUGGUGAUAGAGGUGAAGAAUAAGCCACUUUCUGCUAAAGAUAGGAAGGAGGACACAAAGAAAGCGGUGGAUCAACUCUAUCGGUACAUGAUCGAUGCCUAUCAAAAGAGACAUUGUCCGAGUGUGCUAUAUGGCAUUGCCAUUGUAGGCUUUCGAAUGUACCUGUACCAGAUGAUGGGCAUAGGUACACCGAUGAUUCAUGUCGAGUCGGGAUUUGCCCCAAAUUUUCUAGACAACAGUGCAGCCAAGCUUUGGACAGACAUUCGCAACUUGGUUGACGAUGAAGUGCGUGAGAAGUCACUUACGUGGCCGCGUGCAACUCGCUCUCUCAACAGCAGUGUGGGUGUGGCCCAACAAGAUGCUGACAUGGAGAGACCCCAAGAUACGAUGGGUGGUCUCUUUGAAGACGUUGUGGCAUUGAGAUUCCCUCCAAUGCCCGAACCCAAAGACCCCAAUGUAUUUGGUGCCGCAUCUUACCUACCAGGCCUUAGCCCUACAAACACCGAUUCUACUGGGCCCCGUGAAAUCGAGAGUCCAAUCCAACUCCGUUCAGCUGAUCGGGUUGGGGAAACACUCUCGUACACCCCGUUCUUCGAUUUCCCUGCCCCAAGCAACUUGAGCAGCGAUCAUCGAGUCGACGGGACACCGCAUCUCCGCGGUAGUGCCCAAUGGAUGUUCACCCCCCAGCCAGGCCAAAAACGGCCUUUUCACGGGUUUCAAUCCAUGCCUGCCGCUCACUCAGGUGGAAUGCCACUCACUCCGGGGGCUCCCUCAGACUUACCACUGCAACCUGUCGGAACACCAUCUUCUCCGAGUCUUCUCAUGCCUCCAUUGGAAUCAGCUGAAUCACCACUCCAUCGCUUCUCAACACAAAGGAGGCAGCUGCAGAUAACUAAUAAUGUUAGCACAAUCGGUAUCCUUGUGAGAGACCAGGAUCGGUCCUCUGGUCAAGGUGAACCUGGAGAGGCUCAAGUUCCUCAAGGUGGCGCCGGUUGGAGCCCGAGCUAUGCUGCUAAUGUGCCUAGAAUACCUGAACCGAUCAGCCGACGCGCCAUAACGGACUGGCACACCAUUUCAGCUUCACAUGCACCUUCAACCAGCAGUCAACCACAUAACUUUCUAGCUCCCAACAUUGCUUCGCACAGCCCGCGGCACCUUCGUGUGUCCGAGCGAAAUGUCGACGAAGAUAGCCCCGACACACCCACCCCCUCAACCAUCACAAAUCGGAGUGGUCAGGGCAGGCAAAGUGAUGCCCAACCAAAUCACCCCAAUUUCGGUGGAAGAUCCAACAAGCGCAUGAGCUCGUAGCAUGAUCAUCUCUUUAUGGAAUGGGGUCAAACCUUUCUAUGUCCACCCGGUGUUGUGUUCUCUCUUGUAUUACUGUUUAGAGGACCCAAGCAGGGACCGUAUUUAGUUGGGCCUCCCACUCAUAAUGUGGCUUGGUGCAUGUUAUAGAACGUUGGCUCUCAGGCCAUAAGUAGUUUUCGCAUAUGUUUAUUA